CCCCGCCCGCGCCGGGUAGAGGGAGCCCGGCGGGCCGGACUGUACCACCUGCCCGCCCGCGGGGUAGGGGGCGGYGGCGCAUGGACCAGCCCGAGCAUCGGGCGGUGGUGGGGGGGCGGCCGGGUUCGGCCGCCGGGUAAACAGCGCUUCCCCCCCGCUCCCUCCCGCCCGGCUCGGCGCGCCGGGAAAGGCCCCGCCCCCCGCGCGCGCACACACGCGCACACACACAGAGACACGCGCGCUCUGCCCGGUGUCUAUUGUGAAGCCGCCGGGGACGCUCCGCGCCCGCCGCCGCCGCCCCCUGAAACGCGGAGCCGCCAGCCGGGAAUGGCCGGCGCCGCCUGAACUUCCAGCGCCCCGGCGGCCGCSGAGGGAGGGGCUGAGGCUGAGGGCGAGCGGCGUGAAGGUGCGAGGCGAGGGCAGGCGAGUUUGCUGGUCCUCUGAUACAUUUCAGAAUGCCGCUGGUAAAAAGGAACAUAGACCCCAGGCACUUGUGCCACACAGCUCUGCCCCGAGGWAUCAAAAAUGAAUUGGAAUGUGUCACCAAUAUCUCCUUGGCAAAUAUAAUCAGACAACUGAGUAGCCUAAGUAAAUAUGCUGAAGAUAUAUUUGGUGAACUUUUCAAUGAAGCACACAGUUUCUCAUUUAGAGUCAACUCCUUACAAGAACGUGUAGAUCGCCUGUCUGUCAGUGUUACACAACUCGAUCCAAAAGAAGAGGAAUUGUCACUGCAGGACAUUACAAUGAGAAAAGCUUUCCGGAGUUCCACGAUUCAAGACCAGCAGCUGUUUGAUCGCAAAACUCUGCCAAUUCCUUUGCAAGAAACUUACGACAUUUGUGAGCAGCCUCCUCCACUUAACAUUCUCACCCCUUACAGGGAUGAUGGAAAAGAAGGUUUGAAGUUCUAUACCAAUCCUUCAUACUUCUUUGAUCUGUGGAAGGAAAAAAUGUUGCAGGACACGGAGGACAAAAGGAAAGAAAAGAGGAAGCAGAAGCAGAAAAAUCUAGAUCGCCCUCAUGAACCAGAGAAAGUGCCAAGGGCACCUCAUGACAGACGGCGAGAGUGGCAGAAGUUAGCCCAAGGCCCAGAGCUCGCAGAAGAUGAUGCUAACCUUUUACAUAAGCACAUUGAAGUUGCUAAUGGCCCAGCUUCACAUUUUGAAUCAAGAUCUCAAGCAUACGUGGACCACAUCGAUGGCUCGUACUCCCUGUCUGCGUUGCCCUACAGCCAGAUGUCGGAGCUGCUGAACCGAGCCGAGGAGCGCGUGCUGGUCCGGCCCCAUGAGCCACCACCGCCACCACCGAUGCACGGAGCUGCUGAAGUGAAACCUGUGCCUCCCUGUGUCAGUUCUACUCCUGGCUUGGUAGAAAAUCGUCCUCAGUCACCAGCAACAGGCAGAACACCGGUGUUUGUGAGCCCCACUCCUCCUCCUCCACCACCGCCACCUCUUCCAUCUGCCUUGUCGACUUCAUCAUUAAGAGCUGCAAUGACUUCCACCCCUCCACCCCCAGUGCCACCCCCUCCACCCCCUCCCACAGCUGCUCUGCAGGCCCCAGCUGUGCCACCUCCACCAGCUCCUCUCCAGAUAGCUCCKGGAGUUCUUCAUCCAGCUCCGCCUCCAGUUGCUCCUCCCCUAGCACARCCCUCUCCCCCUGUCACUAGAGCGGCCCAAGUGUGCGAAGCUGUWCCUGUUCACCCGGCUCCCCCACAASCUGAAGUUCAGGGACUUCCUCCGCCACCCCCACCUCCUCCCCUGCCCCCUCCUGGCAUUCGACCCUCCUCCCCUGUCACAGUUGCAAACCUUUCUCACCCUGCUCCCGUUCUGCACCCUGCUCCCACAACCAUUGUCCCCGGCCCUCAUGCACCCAUAAUGCCUCCAUCUCCACCAUCCCAAGUGAUUCCUGCUCCUGAGCCCAAACGCCACCCUUCAACUCUUCCUGUGAUCAGCGAUGCUAGAAGUGUUCUGCUGGAAGCAAUACGGAAAGGUAUUCAGCUGCGCAAAGUGGAAGAGCAGCGGGAGCAAGAAGCGAAACACGAGCGCAUUGAGAAUGAUGUUGCCACUAUCCUGUCCCGCCGCAUCGCUGUGGAAUACAGCGACUCAGAAGAUGAUUCCGAAUUUGAUGAAGUAGAUUGGCUAGAGUGAAAUUAUUACAUUGCUGUACACUGCAAAAUCGAAUGCUAAUGUCCAUUGUGGUGCUUGUUCUUUGAAAGUUUGAUGGUCAUUUCUAGUGUUUUUUGUAUUCUUUUCUUAACAUAAUUAAUCCAUGUUUUUCUACUUUUCAGUUUACAAAAAGCUCCUAGUGCAUCUUCAAAACUAAAUGUUUUACAGUGGCUUUUCUUACACAUCUCUUUUGAAAGAACAUACUUUGUUCCAAUAGACCACUAAGUAUUAAGCAUGGGCAGCUGUUGGUAGAGUAGCAGUUUCAAUUUUUUGGCAUAUCUUAACUGUGCACUUUGUGAAUUUUAAGUUGAUGAAGGCAACUGAGAUUGACAUUCCAAGGGCAGCUGUAUGUACUAAUGAGCCUUAUUCCACUUCUGAUAGUGUUUUAAAGCAUUAAACCUAGCUAUCAAAAUAUCACUGCCUCGAUCACACCUGUACACUGAAAGUACAUAUAGUUAGCAGCACUGAACACACUGAAAAGCAAAUGGAUCUUUGGGGGGGUUUAUUAUUGUUUUAUUGUUGUUUUUAAAUAAUUAUGGCCUUAUUUGAAUGUUUAGAGAUUCCCCUUCCCUUCUUCCCUCCCAGGUACAUAUUGUGUGGUACUAUUUUUGCCUGCAUAAUAAAAGUUUAAAGUUUUUUUUUUUUUUUCCUGGUGAAAUCUUUUGACUUAAACAUGCUGUGUAACUUAUGUAACUGUUAAAAUAACAGUUUGAUUUAAUAAAUGGUUCAUUUUAAAUGUUCCUGGGUGUUGCUUUUUCUAUGAAGCUUGUUUUUCACAAGUAUGCUUGAGAGAUCCUUGGAUUUCAAGUAUUUAAUCUGCGGUGUACAAAGUUACAGUAUAUAUUCUGUACUUUAUCUAACAAGAAACUAUCAUUAAAUGAUAUCUACAUGCACAUCUACUGGGGAAAAAAAACCCAACUGAAAUCUUGUUGUGAUUGUAGUUUUAAAAAAAUACAA